AUGUGCGUGCUUCGGCUUAUGCAUUACAUCAGGUACAAUGCACAGGACAAGAAUCGUGAAUUCCGUGUUGCUCACCCUUACGGUUUCACGAACUGUGGUUUAAAAUCCAGUUGGGCGCAGAUGGCCUGGCUUUACGAUGAAGGAGGCAGUGAAAUUGAAUUUUGGUGCAUUCGUGCAUCUGACAAUUCAAAAGACCAAUAUUACGAAGUUCAUCCGCCUUCUGCGCACAUCAGUGCAUCGAUUUAA